AUGGCGGUGGCAGUGCCCCCGGGCGGAGCAAGGGGCUCUGGCUGGACCUGGCGACCAGUGGCACGGGACGCCCUCCUGGCUCGAGCGUUCCACUCAUGCACCGAACUGAGGGACCACUUGUAUCUGGUGGGGGGUCUGUUGGCUGGAGGAGCGAGAGAGCCGAGCAGUGAUACGGUGGCUUUCGAUCCAGCUGGGGGCCGGGUCGUGAGGGUGGAUGCCCAGGGUGGCCCGAGGCGCAGUCACCACGAUGCCGCGCUGGUGGAAGGGCGCUGGCUCUGCGUGGUGGGCGGCUGGGACGGGUCGCGCCGUCUGGCCGCAGUGACAGCCCUGGACGUGGAGCGUCGGGUGUGGGAGACGUGGACCGCGGCUCCUGGCAGCUGCCCGCCUGCUGGCCUCAGUAGUCACACCUGCACCCGCCUCUCCGACCGAGAGCUCCGUGUAGCUGGCCGCGAGGGUGGUACCCGUACCCAGCGCCGCUACGGAAGCAUCUACACGUUAAAGUUGGACCCUCGUGACCGCACCUAUUGUUACAAGGAAGAAAGCCUCCACACAGCCUCACGCUCAGGUCACUGUGCUGCCUUGCUCCAAACUCCUGGCCCCCACCCAGGUCAUCAGCUGUUGCUCUUUGGGGGCUGCAACUCUUCUGAACCAGAAGUAGCUGGGCUUUGGAGUUAUGGGAAGAUUAAGGAGGAACCACCUGCUGCCCCUCAUUUGAUGGACCAGCUAUCAAAGCUUGUGAGCAGUGGGCAAGGGUCCCAGCAGGGGCCUCGGGGCCUCCGCCAUCACUCAUGUUCUGUGGUGGGGCCUUUUGCUGUGCUGUUUGGCGGAGAAACUCUCACUAGAACUAGAGACAACAUCUGCAAUGACCUCUACAUCUAUGAUACUCGCAAGUCUCCUGCUCUGUGGUUCCGCUUCCCCUCUGCAGACCGUGGGCUAAAACGAGUAGGCCAUCAGACCUGCCUUUGGAAUAAUCAUCUUUACCUGGUUGGGGGUUUUGGUGAGGAUGGUAAGACAGCAAGUCCACAGGUUUGCAUCUUGGACAUCUUUGUUUAA